GUACGUAUGUCGCUCUGUCUUCUGAAGCGCAAUCCUACCCAGCAGGCCAUAUCCAUGAAGUUGCCCAUCCUUAUCAGCCUCCCCUCCCUCUUCAUUCAGAAUGUACUAGCCUUGGCAUCUUCUUCAACUUAUGACUUUAUAAUCGUCGGUGCCGGGACCAGCGGACUCGCGAUUGCGAACCGGUUAUCCGCGGAUCCAUCAGUCACUGUCGCAGUAAUAGAGCCCGGGACAGAUGAGAGGGAUAACCCACUCGUCACUGACCCGACAAAAUUUGGCCAGUCCUUCGGCACAGACAUUGAUUGGCAGUAUAGAGUUAGUGGGGACCAAGGCGAUGAGAGGCAAUUGGUGAUGAGGCAGGGGAAGGCAUGGGGAGGAACGAGUGUUUUGAAUGGAAUGACAUACGUCCGCGGCGAAGCCAGUGCCAUCAAUGCCUGGGAAACUCUCGGUAAUCUAGAAAUAAGAGAGACAGGUAACACGAAUUGGUCUUGGUCGUGGUCGUCACUCCUGCCCUACUUCCUUAUAUCGGAGAAUUACACUAUUCCCAGGGCAGAUCAGCUCGCAGCAGGUGCUACGUAUGAGUUGCAGCAUCAUGGUUUCGAUGGCUCAGUCAAUGUGGGCUACACGUCUGGACUGAAGAAUGGAUCAUUCGCCGGGCCAGUAAUGAACGCGUGGAAAGAGAUGGGUCUUGCACACAAUCCCGAUCUGAACAGGGGAGAUCUGGUGGGCUUUGGUAUGGGACCACAGACGCUGAUUUCCGAAGAAAAUGUGAGAUGCGAUGCGUCGCGGGCAUACUACCUGCCAGUUGAAGCCCGACUAAACCUGGAGAUUAUAUCCGGUACAGUGAAGCGCAUAAUAUGGUCACCCGUACAAAAUCAGCAAGACAAUUUCGUUGCGGAAGGAGUAGAGUACAUCGCUCCAAACUCCACAGCCUCAAAUCUGUUUGCUCGUAGAGAAGUGAUCCUCUCCGCCGGGGCCGUUCGGACUCCACCCAUCCUUGAAGCUUCCGGUGUUGGAAAUUCUCAGCUCCUCACAUCCCUAGGAAUCGAAACUGUCAUUGAUAUUCCGGGAGUAGGCGAGAAUCUUGUCGGACAGACAGGCCACCAAUUCACAUAUUCCGGUAUUCUUGAGCCUGCCGCAAGCGCUUACCACACGUUUCUUUCCGUGGUCGAUCUUUACGGCAAAGACGGUGCAGAUGCAAUCGAGAAAUCAGCGCGGGAGAAGAUUGCGGCAUGGGGAGAUGACGCAGCAGCAAACGCUUCGGGCACGAACUAUACUCACUUACUGGAAAUUCAGUGCGAUCUUCUUUUCAAGCAGCGCAUUGCGGCGGCAGAAGUCCUCACGAUUGUUGUGGAAGGCCUUCUCCUUUCGCAAUAUUGGAUUCUACAGCCCUUCUCAAGAGGCAGCGUUCAUCUUAGAUCAGCAUCCGCAGCUGAUAUCAAUGAUCCUUUGAUAACGCCGCAUUACCUUUCCAAUCCCUUCGAUCUGGCCACUGUCAUUGCGGCAGGGAAGUUUGUCCGCAAGUUCUGGCAAAGUACCUCGAUACAGGGCUAUGUCAACGCAACAUUGUCCCCAACAUCAGAUGAAUUGCCCGCGAAUGCUACGGAUGCGCAGUGGGAAGCAUAUCUCCAAUCAACCUUCAGCCCUAGCACGCGCUCAAUGGGAACAGCUGCGAUGGCACCGCGCAACCUCAACGGCGUAGUUGACCCCGAAUUGAGGGUUUAUGGAACCCGCAACGUGCGUGUGAUUGACGCUUCUGUGCUUCCUUUACAGACAAGUGGGCACGUAACAGCAACACUAUACGCUUUGGCGGAGAAGGCGGCGGAUAUCAUCGCAAAAGCACUGUAA